CUUUCCAUCUACUUUCCUCUCUAACAAUAAUCAGUCUUCCUCAACUCCUGUGCAGAGUGUUUCUACUCCCUCAGUCCUGGCCUCAGCCUCUGCUUCAUUGCCUUCAGUAAGCAAUUCAAUAGUUACUUCAGGCAUCAGUGAACUGAAGUCAUCAAGUGGCAACAGGAAAGCUAGAGUUCUCUAUGAUUACGAUGCUGCAAACAGCAGUGAAUUAUCACUACUUGCAGAUGAGGUGAUAACAGUGUACAGUAUCCCUGGCAUGGAUUCAGACUGGCUGAUGGGUGAAAGGGGAAAUCAGAAAGGCAAAGUGCCUAUUACUUAUUUAGAACUGCUAAACUAGAUGGGUGGCCUGAAUAAAGACUGUCAAUUAUGGUGACACCAUAUUUAUAUACAAUUAAUGUUAUGUAAGCAGGUUUAAAUGUCUUCCAUGUUACUGUCUUGAGGGACAAAUACCAGCCAUUACAAACUGGCUUUUCUGCCAGCAUGGCUGCAUGGUAAAUACUCUAUUCAAACUUAAUGUGUUUAAAGCUUUUACUUCAUGUGCCAAGAACAUGUUUCCUACAGAUUUGUUUCUACUGAAGUUUUCACUAAUACAAGCUUCUACUUUUGAGUAAUCUAGAUUGAAAGCAGGAGGUACUGUUUUCUACUGAAAUUUUUCAUUAAUGGCAAGCUUUUCUUCACAUAAAAUAAACUUAUUGUGAACUGA